GAGGCUGCUUAGGUCAUCAAUAUUGUCUGAUUUGUUUGCAUCCUGUAUAUGACAUCAUGCUACGCGUCUUCCCAGCAGUCUCGCAAUUCGAUGAACAACCAAAAAACCUCAACGAAUCCAGACAGAAACUCAGAAAUUCAUGCGCAGGUUAUUGCUAUGAACUUUGCGACCAUAAGUGCCUCAUUUCCUUUAGCACUUGCUGCUGCAAUUGUGCGGCAAUAUGAAAAGCUCCUCGCUCGACCUGGACGCGAGGGGGAACACGGGGCCACUCGCCAUCCAACGCGAAGACACGUGAUCUCGAUUUCCCGCAAUAAUUCGAAUUGUCCCGCUGUGGACUCGAAUCAUUCGACCGCCUGGGAUUCCCAGACUCGAAAAGUGAUGGCAAUUAUUCGGGUUGAGCAUGGACGCAGUAUCUUAUAUUCGUUCCUUGUCGACUCGCAUCUUCGUUUUUCCAUGGUAUCUCAAAUCCUAGGCUGUGGCCCCGUUCGUUCUCUUGCUCCCGUUUACACCCGUACCAUUGCCAGUGUCGCCAAAAGAGCAGAGCCACAGCAUCCCCCCUCCCCGAAAGAGUGUGGGACGCGGAUCCGGCGGUACCUAUCAUGA